AUGCUGAACGGGCUGUGGUACUCCGGCGGCAUCGCCUUCGUCAUGCUUGGGCCCAUGGGAGCGGUCCCGGCAGGGAGUGGGAUCGAGGGAACGAUCGCCGCGUCGGUGAAGCAACUCGGAAAGGUGAUCGGCCUGGUCUGGCUCGGCAGCCAGGCGACGAAGCCCGUGCGCCUCGCCCUCGCGGUCCUCACGGCGCCCGCGGCGGACAGGCUGAUCGCGUCCACGCAGCGGCGGCUCGGCCUGAAGAAGAAGAACGCCGUCUCCCUCCUCGUCGCCGUGAUCUUCGGGUCGACGGCCGCCUUCUGCCUCGCCGUCUUAGCCUACGGGGUCGCCCGAGCCGCCAUGGUGUCGACGGUAGCAUCCGCGGGGUCCCCGUCCUCCUCGGCGGCAUUUUUGAUCCGACGGAGGAUGAUGGAAGGUCAGCAGUAGGGUUCAGUGUCGCCAGCGGUACAAAUAGCGGGAACGCUGGCGGAAGCGGUGAUGCGCCGCCGUUAUCUUGAAGGAUGAUGGAAGGUCAGCGUUAGGAUUCGAUGUCGCCAGCGGUUUAGGGGGAACGCUGGCAGCAGCGGCGGCGGCGGCGGCGGCGGCGGCGGCGGCGGCGGUGAUGGGGGAAGGUCGGCAACAGGAUUCGAUGUUGCCAGCGGUAGAGGCAUCGGCGGCGGCGUGAUGCUCCGCCGCCAUCUUGGAGGAGGCGGUUUCGCGGGCCUCAAUGAAACAGGGUAGUUUUAGCAGCCCUCUUUUCUCCGCGAAAACGAAGGCGGUGCUUUGUUUGUCCGUCGCGAUGGUGGACAGGCAGGCAGGCUGGCUGCGCUUGUCUGCGGAGAGCGCCACCGGUUUUUCUCGCAGCCGCAACAGCCGGUAUCGCCGUCUGGCAGCAGCAGCGGCUUUUGUGGAACGCGCGGAGGGAGUUGUCGGUGAACGUUGAAUCAAGUGGGUAUUGUUGUGAUGGCGAUACUGACGUGUGGGGAGCUGUUUUUGUAGAGAGGGAGUUCGUAAUGAUGCAGCUGCGAAUGUAUGUAUGUACAACGUACGCAUGCCCGAUAAUACCGCUAAUAGUCGAUGUCAGCCAACAAGACAGAGUUUGAA